AUGUCGGCUCGCCAACCGCCCACGGCCCCAUUGUUGGUCAUCCUAGGCUCGACAGGUACAGGAAAGUCUGAGCUUGCUGUAGAUCUGGCAGUACGGUUCAACGGCGAGAUCAUAAAUGCAGAUGCUAUGCAAAUGUACAGGGGUCUGCCCAUCAUCACCAAUAAGAUUUCACUAGAAGAGCAACGGUCUAUACCUCAUCACCUUCUGGGCAACAUCAGUCUGGACCACGAGACUUGGGUCGUGGGAGUCUUCAAGCGGGAAGCCAGUCGGACUAUCCAGGAAAUUCGCAGCAGGGGCCGGGUCCCUAUUGUUGUCGGAGGUACGCAUUACUACACCAAUGCUCUUCUAUUCAGAGACGGCCUGGUGGAGAAAAGAGAUGGCUCCGCCGAAGAAACCCUGGUCCAAGACAACUCAGUCCAACAUCCGAUCUUGAAUGGCACCACGGAAGCCAUGUGGGAAAAGCUCAAAGAAGUCGAUCCUGUCAUGGCUGACAGGUGGCAUCCCAAUGAUAGACGAAAGAUUCGCCGUUCCCUGGAGAUAUUUCUCACCACAGGAAGGCCAGCAUCCGAAAUUUACGCUGAACAGCAGAGCCGGAAGAGAACAGACCCUGCGCCGCAACAAGACUUCUCUAAGCCUGACGCUCUGCUCUUGUGGGUGCACUCUGAGUCUCAAGUGCUGAAGGACCGGUUAGACAGGCGAGUCGACAAAAUGCUAGACAAUGGUCUCAUGGAUGAGAUCACCGAAGUCAACGACUACCUACGGUCAAAAGUAGAAUCUGGAGAGCAAAUUGAUCUCAGCAGGGGCAUAUGGCAGUCGAUCGGCUUCAAAGAAUUCCAGCCCUACCUCCAAGCCGUGGAGCGAGGCGCCAACGUCAAGGAACUCGAGAAACUGAAGCUCGAGUGUGUUGAAGUUAUGAAGACCGCGACCAAGAGAUAUGCCAAGUACCAGACCAAGUGGAUAUCGAAGCAGAUGUUACCCUUGCUGGAAGAAGAAGGAGACCAGGACAGGCUCUAUGUGCUAGAUAGCACAGACGUCACGCGGUACUCCGAGGAUGUCCUUGAUAAGGCCGCCUCCCUGACGCAACUAUUUUUGGCCGGGGACGUGAUGCCAGAUCCCCCCAGCAUAUCAGAUGCCGCCAACAAUGUGUUGAAUGCUGCCGUCAAAUCUGCCUUAAACAUAUCCGAGGCAGAGCACACCGGCGAAAAGUCCGGCAUGCAAAACAAACUGCGCUGGUUCCUGCGCAAGAUAUCGAGACCGCACUCGUGA